AUGAACAAAUCCAUUAUCUUUGCUCUUCUCGUGGCUUUACUUGGUAUUGACAUUGCUACAAGUCAAACCAAAUUCACAUUUCCUGUAGAAGCGUGUAUUGGUGGUUUGGCCAAUGGCAGUUACGUGGGUUGUGCUGCUGCCCUGGCUAGUUCCAUUUUGAAGAUUCAUCAAUGGGGCGAAGACACACCGAUCAAUGUGUGUGGUAAUCAGUGUACGAGCAAUCUAAAGGGUCGCUUUUCGAGUUGGAAAUGGAAAUGGGAUGCCAAGUUUCAAUGUUCUACAAAAGGUCAAGGAAUAGUGGGAACAUCAACUGCAUUGAGUCGAAAUGGGUCUGUGCAGGGUGCUAUCCAGGACUGGAUCACAAAGGCAUCAAAAUCGGGUGCCAUUAACGUAAAUGACUUCAAAUGCUGA